AUGAUACGAGCUAAAUUCUUACCGCAAGACUACAAACAACAACUCUUUGUUAAACUGCAGAAUUGUCAGCAAGGAUCUCGUCUUGUGGAAGAUUAUGUUGCUGAGUUCUAUAACUUACUUGUCAGGAAUGAAAUUACUGAAUCUGAAGAACAAUUGGUAGCGCGUUUUAUUGAAGGAGUGAAUAGAUUGAUUCAAAAAAACAUGACUCAAUCUGCUUUUACUAUGGUUGAAUCUAUUCAACAGGAUAUUAAGAUCGAAAAACGACUUUUUAAAGCUUCCAAAACUUCUCAAUUUCGUCCUCCACGAGGUGAUAAGUGGAAUAAGUGUCAUCAAGUUGGUCAUUCCUCUGCUGAUUGUCGAUGUUUUAAUGGUUUUAUUGGAGACACUUCUGUCCCUAAUAAUAAAGACAAAGAACAGGUAGAUGAUGAUGAGGAUGAGGAAGAAGAUUAUCCAUAUUUACAUGAAGUCUAUGGUGAUCAUUUAGUGGGUAUGAUUCGUCCACUCAUGCUUAAUCAACCUUGUUAUUCUCAAAGACAUUGCAUCUUUAAAACGAAGUGUUUCAUUGGAAGAAAAGUUUGUGAUAUGAUUAUUGACAGUAGUGGUAGUGUUGAUAACUACAUCUCCUCUAUGGUGGCCGAGAAGUUGGGAUCACCUGUUACUCCACACCCUCAUCCUUAUUUUUUGGGAUGGGUAACAAGUUCUACUACUCAACGAAUUACACAUCAAUGUGUAGUCACGUACUCUUUUGUUGGUUUUGAAGAUUCUGUGUUAUGUGAUGUGAUAGACAUGAAUGCAACGCACCUUCUUAUUGGAAGACCAUGGAAAUAUGAUGUCCGUGCAGUGCAUAAUUGUUUUGAAAACACAUACACAUUUUACAAGAAUGGAUGUUUACAAUCAACUCAUACUUUGAGUUCUCAUGAAGACAGCAAGCCAAUGACAGCAAUUCCGGUUCAGGUACAACCUUUAUUAUCAAAGUAUUCUGAGUCAUUUACUGAAGAAUUUCCUGUGACUUUACCACCUUUGAGAGAUAUACAAUAUUGCAUAGACUUUAUAACUGGAGCCUCUCUAACUAAUCAAGCUCAUUCUGAAAAUGAAAUUUUACUGGGGCAAGUCAAUGAUUUAUUGAGUAAAGGUUUGAUUCGACCUAGCAACAGUCCUUGUGCUUGUCCUGCAUUUUUAGUUCGCAAAAAGGAUAAUGGUUGGAGAAUGUGUAUAGACUGCAGAGCCUUGAAUCGAAUCACCAUUCCUUAUAGAUUUCCUAUACCUAGAAUUGAAGAUAUGAUUGAUUUACUUUCAGGAUCAAUUAUUUUCACAAAACUUGAUCUGAGAAGUGGUUAUCAUCAGAUUAGGAUAAGAGAGAGACAUGAGUGGAAGACUACUUUCAAGACAAGAGAGGGUUUAUAUGAAUGGCUUGUCAUGCAAUUUAGGUUAUCUAAUGCUCCAAGCACCUUUAUGAGUCUUAUGAAUCAAGUUUUACAACCGUUUUUGAGUAAGUUUGUCAUUGUAUACUUUGAUGACAUCUUAAUUUUUAGUCACUCUACUAAAGAACAUAUCAGUCAUCUUUCUCAAGUUUUUAAAGCACUCUCUGAUCAUUCUUUGUUUGUGAAUCUAAAGAAGUGCACAUUCAUGUCGCCUGAAGUUACAUUUUUGGGUUAUUUAAUUUCUUAA